CCUGUCACAUCAAUCUAUCGAGAAUCAUCGCCAGGCAAAAGUAACAGUGACAUGGUUCGGUGUUUCUCAGCUUUGCAACAUGUUAUUUCUCCGUGUGUAGAUACAACGGUAAAAAUGCAGUUUUGUUGCAGAAAUGCAUGUAUAUGUUGUAUACAUGUCGUGUAUAAAACAUACAACAUAUAAACAUGAUUUUGGAUGCGAUAUGCCAUCAAAUUAGAAGCCUUUUGUUUAUCUCGCGGUUCUUAAAUAAAUUUUAGUCUGUUAAAUACGGUCCUACACUGCUUCUCCAUGGAUAGUGAUAACUGUUUGACGUGCGAUCAAGCAUCUGAAAAAUUCUACAGCAUUUCAAAUGCCGAUAUAGAAUCAAAGCCUAACAUCAGCCUCAUAAUGCGCCAGCAUUUCUGGUUUCAGGAAGAUGAGCUCCGAAGCGCCAUCAUCUGUGAAUCAUGUUGGCAAAAUGUGGAUCAGUUUCACCGGUUCUACGAAGAUGUGAGGAAAUUGCACAAGCAACGAAUGGAAUCCAAACCGCUUGCAGUUUUUUUCAAACAGGAAGAGGAAACUGUAGCUGAGGAACAGUUGUUUCUAGACAGCUUCCUAGACGCCGAUGAGAUAGUAGAAUGUAAGAUAGAAGACAAAACUAACAGCAAUGCAACAAAAACCAAAAAACUUCGCAAAGCUUCUAAGAGAUCUUCAACCGAUGAACCCAAGGCAGUUCCGAAGCGCAUAAAAAUUCCACUGGAACAAGAACAAGCGGAGGACGAUUUUAUCAAACGGCACACAUCCUACGUAUGUGAGACAUGUUCUGAGCAGUUCGAUGACUUCAAUACGAUCCGGAAACAUACAACUAAGGCCCACGAUAAGCCAUACAUUAUGUGUUGCAACAAAAAGUUUAGAACUCGAUCCAUACUUUACCAACACGUGCAGACCGUAUUCAAUCCUGACUCGUUCAAAUGUGAAAUUUGUGGCAAAACUUUCAAGGGUCAAAGCAUAUACGAUCGCCACAAAGAAAAUAGCCAUUCUGAUGAGCAUCUACUGGUGUUUAAAUGCCAUCGAUGCCCCAAAGCCUUCACCAAACAGAAGAUUCUAGACCAUCACAUAGCCGGGCAUGAAACCUUCGAUAAUGAGGAAGCCAAAUGCGAUGAAUGCGGUAAAUGCUUCCGAACACAAGUCACUUUGAAGAUACACAUAGAUACGGUUCACCGGAAGACAAUCAACUUCGUGUGUGAGUACUGCUCGAAAGGAUUCAACAGACAAGCAGAUUUAAUGGAUCAUCGCAAAACGCAUGAACUCACGGCGGACCAAAUGAAGAAACAGUGCCCGAUUUGUAACAAACUGGUGAAGAACUCCAGAUACUUCCAGAGGCAUAUCGAUCGACAUCAAACCGAAGGAUCGCACAAGUGUGACCACUGCAGUCACGUUUCGAACAACUUGCUGGCGCUGAAAGAGCACGUCGAGAAACGCCACAGCUCGAAAGUCAAGAUGUACCCGUGCAACCAGUGCGGUCAGGAAUUUAAGCGGCUAGUUCGUUUGAAGGAACACAUUUCCACUGCCCACACGGGAGAACCGCUGUACCAGUGUCCGUUCUGCGAGAGGACAUUUUUCUCCAAUGUCACCAUGUACGUGCACAAGAAGAAAGACCAUCCACAGGAGUGGCUCGAGGAUCGGAAUGCCAAGUACGCUAAAACGGAGCAAGAUGGCUGACGAAGAAAUUGAAAGGAAAUCGUUGGAAUCAUUGCGCAUUGGGCGCUGUUUUGGUAAAAGUAAAUUCGAACAGUAAAAUUUUGUUGAAAAAAGUUUCUUUAUUUCCUUAAAUAAAUGAACUCGGCGUUCAAUUCCGAUGACCUAAAACAGUCAAAGGAACCAGAUGGUGCAUCUA